AUGUUCUCGUCAAUCUACGAUGCCAAAGAGCACGCAGAUGAGCAUUAUGCCAAGUCCAGACAUGUCCAACGAGGACACUUCAAAAAGGGGGAAUGCGAGCCUUUGGAGGUCUUGAAAUCGCUCUCCGGUGAGAACAUCAAAGCCGAGGGUCAACCGUUGCCAACGGUUGAAGCAGCUGGAGACGAAUAUCGGGGCAACGAAUCCGAAGACGAAGCUGAGUAUUCAGAUGAUGAAGAAGACGGAGACGGAGAAGAUCCGGAGAGAGAAUCCGACGACGAAGCCGAGGAGUCGAAAGAUGGCGAACCGACUGUAGAGUUGGCAGUUGCAUGGCUGGGCACUGCCAAAUCUCAAGGCUUGUACCACCUCGGCCUCAAGUGCCCAGGGCCGGGAAGAGUCGUUGACGGAUUAGUGCUUGGUACACAGGUGUGCCCACAUAGCGCGAUAAUCUCCUUCGAGACAGCACUGCAUCAAUUCUCCGUGGGAGGGCUCCAAAUUCUGCAAGAAGCACUUUCUUACCUGGACGCCAGGCCCCCCGGCAAAGAAGAACUGAAGGCGCUUAGGAGUUUGUUCGCAAAAGCGGCGUCUGUGCAGUGGUACCCCCAGACGAGGAUAAUGGCCGAAGUCAUAAGGAAAGUGGAAUCCAAGAAAAAAGGCAAUGUCCCGGCUUCCGAGGUGGUGAGUAUCGACCUGGAAUUUACUUUCAAGACUAAGGAGGUCCUCCAAAUCGGCCUCGCAGAUCUGGAAGAAGCGAAAGUCCUCGACUGUCUUACUAAAUAUAGCGAGGGAAUUAUCGUACCUUCCUCCUCGCUCUUUGCUGUCCCGUUAAAUCCACAACAACGGGUGUUCGAAAAGAAGGUCGGAGCCUAUUUUACGCAAGAUGGGAAGCUUGAUGCAAAUGAGGUAGUCAGGAAACUCCAACAAGCCGGUAUUUCCAACAAAACCAUAUUCCUAUCUUGGGCGUUGUGGUGCUUCGACCUGUCCUUUUUGAGGGACUGGCUGGAGCAAGAAGGGUUUGACGAUGUUCUCCCCGGGGAUGAGAAUGUCUGUUUGGUCCUCAACGAGUUCCGCGACAACGUCAAGGCGGUCAUUGGUACCACCUGUCAUGAUGGGGGGCGAUUUCCUCUAAACCUGCCUACAGCGUUUCUGGUGCUUUUCGGAGAGAACCACCCUCUUUCUGGGCGUAACCACCAUGCACUGGUUGACGCCCAGCAAUUAGCUCUGAUGGCGAGGUUAUUCAUCGACCUUUGCAAACCCCCGACGAGCGGGUUUACUAUCAGGGACCAGGAAUCAUGA